AUGUUUGUUGAUGGAGAUAAUGCGCUCUUGCUGGAGGAGGUGCGGGAGAUGCCCAAGGACCAUGUGCUCUGGUCCUUCAUCUGUUGUCUGUACUUCAACCCGUUCUGCCUGGGACUGGCUGCUCUCAUCUACUCUGUCAAGGCACGGGACAAGAAAGUGGUGAAGGACAUUGAAGGCGCUCGCAGCUACGGAGACACUGUGAAGAGCCUGAACAUAAUCUCCACUAUACUGGCCUGCCUUUCCAUUGUCAUUUGGAAAGUUUGUCCCCGCGGCGCUGAGCAGAAGCGUUGUUUCCACAGCGGAUGCAGAGCUGGAGUGGACUAUGGUUCUAUCAUGAGUGAGCUGCCACUGGACCUCUGGUUCUGUGAGCAGUGCAAGCUCCACUUUGCAGACCGCUGUCCCACACACGGCCCCCCUGUGCUGGUCCGGGACACUGCGGUGGCUGUGGGGACUGUGGGCAGGGCCUCGCUCACUCCCCCUGCUGGUGUGGAGGUCUUCACUGAGGGACAGAAGGUCGACGUCCGCUGCUCUGGCUCUGGGUUUCCUCUUGGGACAGUGUUUGGCCCCUACGAGGGAGAACUGGUGACUAAAGAUCGGUCUUCUGGCUUCUUCUCUUGGAUUAUUGUGGAUGCGGACAACACUUACCAGUCAAUUGAUGGCAGCGAUGAGACCAAAGCAAACUGGAUGAGGUUUGUGCACACUUCUUCGCACCAUGACAGAAACCUCACAGCCUUUCAACACGGUAAACAGAUCUACUUCAGAGCGAGUCGCCCCCUGGUGGCUGGAGACCUGCUCAGAGUCUGGUACAGCCCUGAAUACAUCCAGAGACUGCACAGCGUGUCCCAGAAGAAAAUCCACCGCACGCUACAUACGGACAAUGGACAGAUGUUUUCUGCCUUUGCUCCAAAUAAAAGUUCUGAAGCACCACCCAACAUUACAACAAGGGAAGACUUGGAAGACCCGCCUCCUGCAAAGAGAAAGAAACUCCAACUGACUUUUGAAGACGUCUCAGAGGAAAAGUAUAAAGUUCCUUUGCUCCUGAAGGCAGCAUGUAAACUCCCAGCGCAGAACCAGGCCUUGAACUCACCACAUGAGAGUUUGUGUGGGCUUGUGCUGAAGCAGGAGGAACCGUCCACGUCUUUUUGCCCAAACUGCGUGAAGCUGAAGCGUAGAGUCGCCGAGCUGGAGGCGGAGAUAGAGCGUCUCCGGGAGCAACAGGCCGCGCCCACUCAGGACCUGCCCCCUUGUAUGGAGCAGGCGCCAAUAGAAGAGUAUCAUGCCAUGGAGUCUCAAGUUUUUGAUGAGGAUGAGCAGGAAUUGGACUCCGCUGAUGAAUCCAUGUCCACAGACCUGGUCGUCUCCCCAGAAGACCCCUCCUACAAACCUUCAGGGCCCGCUGGCCGUCGCAUCAGGCGCUUCAAACAGGAGUGGCUCAAAAAGUUCUGGUUCCUUCGCUAUUCCCCAACACUCAACGAAAUGUGGUGCCACGUCUGUCGCCAAUAUACGGUUCAAUCCUCGCGCACUUCGGCUUUCAUAAUCGGCUCAAGGCAGUUCAAAAUCCACACUAUCAAACUCCACAGCCAGAGCAACUUGCAUAAGAAAUGCCUGCAGCUUUAUAAACUGCGAAUGCACCCAGAAAAGACGGAGGAAAUGUGUCGGAACAUGACGUUUUUGUUUAAUUCCGCGUAUCAUUUAGCUAUAGAAGGACGGCCGUAUUCAGAACUGCGUCCAUUGGCGGAGCUGCUGAAGAAAUGCGAACUAAAACUUGUGGACCAGUACAUGAACGAGGGCGAUUGCCAAACUCUAUUUCACCACAUAGCAAGAGCGUUGAAAGAAGAUUUAGCCGAAAAGAUGCGACUGUCGCCAUUUUUGAGCGUCAUUAUGGAUUCACAAAACAACGAUCUGUUUUCAGAUACAGUAGCGGUGUACGUUCAGCUGUUGACCAACGAAGUCGAUGACAGUGUGUUCUCUGCAUUUUCACUCGGGUAA